AUGAUCUCCGAUGAUUUCCACUCGGUUCCCGCACGUCGGCGCGGAAGUAACUUGAUAUCGAUCUGCAAAAAGUUCGCGACGAAAGUAAUCUCCUCCAACCUUGCUCCACAUUUUGUUUCCACGGCUUCGAGAACAGUUUUGAAAGUGGGUGGCUCAGUUUAUGAUCCGGGUGAAAGUCGCCGCGGAUCGAUGAACUCGGCCGGGGUCAACUCCGACGAUCAAAGUUUGAGGGUUAAUAACCAAAUUUAUACGAAAAGGGAGGCAUUGCAGUGUCUGACGGCUUGGCUCGAUUACAAACACACACAGGCUAUAUGUGCUCGAAUAAGGAGAGUAACGUCUGAAAGAAAGUAUUAUCUGCAAUUCGAACGGAAUGCGAAUCAAGAUUUUGACCUGGUAUCGCUUUGUGGAUUCCGGCCUGCUUGGGCCCACACGUUACUAGAGUAA